AUGGGGAUCAUGCAGGUUGGGAAAGAUGUUCAGUUCGGCGAACUGCACAAGCGCCUACGCAAAGCAGACCUUCAUCAUCUAAUCGAGUUCAAGGGGCAAGGACGGAGCCGCCCAGACUCUGUGUUGAGCCGCCAAACUCGACAGGAGCUUGGACUUAGCCUCCGGACAUAUCAACGAUACAAGUUGGACGGCAAAUAUUGGAGUGUCAUUCGAGGACCCCCUGAAGGACCUCUUGAUGGACUCUUCUGCCUCAUCCCUUUCAGCCAGGAAGAACCUCUCAAAGUCCAGGCGAAGGACUACCUCGAACUUGAUCCAAAGGAGCUGCUGAGUUUGCAUUCGCUGCUGAGCGAUGACUACAUGGCAAAGCAUAUGCGUUCCUGCUCGUUCCUCGAAGCACCGAAGCCUACAGCCUGGCCCACAGACAGACCAUGGCCUGCUGAUCCAACGACGAUACAAGCCGAUGAAAAACAGUGCGAUUACUGCGAUGCUGACAAGUGUUUAUGCUUGAGUACUAUCUUCGAGGUAGUGCCUCGAAUCAAGAGGUACGGGGCGGUUCGAGGGCUUCAGGCGGUUGCUCUUAACGCCGGAGCUGUGACUUAUGAAAAGGGGAGCUUCAUCGGCGUGGUUGCUGGCGACCUCUACCCUCUUGGCAUGUAUGAAGACGAGCACCGGACUUUUGACUUCGAGAGGCCAGAUUUGGAGGAUCAGCCUGCUGAGUGCCAACUUCGUAUGACAGAGGUCGGAAACUGCUUCAGACUUCUAGGAACCGCGGAAGACCCAUCAGCCCUGCUUGUACAAAAAAGAAGAGGCGGACAAUGGGUAAUGGUAGUUGAGGCUAAGCGGAGCAUCAUGGAUGACGACCAGAUUAGUCUUCGCUGUUGUCCAGAGGCGACCAGGCCGCGGUGCACGGGCCAUAGGCGCCAUGGUGGCGCCUGUGGCCCGUGCAUGGCUGUUUCCAGUGCAAGUGCGUUCCUGAGUGAACGAGCCUCUCCAGCCAACGGACGGACCCAUCUACUCGGAUGA